AUGGUGCGUGUGUUCCGUGAGGAUCAGUUUGAAACGAUCGUAGAUGAUCAGGGAAACAGUUCCACCCCUGCGUUUGUCGCCUUUACCGAUAGUGACAUCUUGGUCGGCGAUGCUGCGCAAAGCCAAAUUACGAUGAAUCCGCAGGAUAGGGUUUUCGACCCCAAGCGUCUCAUCGGCCGACGUUUUCACGAUCGUAAUGCUCAAGCUAAUAUGCAGCACUGGCCAUUCAAGGUUAUCGACAAAGAGUCGAACCCCGUCCUAGAGAUCUCUAUGAAAGGCCAGAUCAAGCUCUUCACGCCUGAGCAGAUCAGAUUCAUGAUCCUCACCAAGAUUCGGGAGACCGCGGAGGCUUACCUCGGCGAAGCUGUCACCAGCGCCGCGACCAAGGACGCCGGGCCUAUUGCUGGUUUCGAUGUCCUGCGAAUUAUGAACGAGCCGACCGCCACCGCCAUCGCCUAUGGCCUUCGCAAGAAGGUGGAAGGAGAGCACCACGUCUUGGUUCUUGACAUGGGUGGCGGGACUUGCGACGUUUCUCUGUUAGUGAUUGAAGAAGGAGUCUUCGAAGUCAAAGCUAGCGCUGGGGAUUGUGACCUUAGACUCGUGGACUUUGAUAGUAUCCUCGUCAAUCAUUUUGUCAGUGAGUUCCAAAGCAAGCAUAGCAAAGUCCUGACCAACAAUUCCAGGGCCUUUCAACAUCUCCGUGCGGCGUGUGAUCGUGCUAAACGAACCUUAUCAUCUAAAUUCCAGGCGCUCAUCGAGAUCGAUUCACUUCUCGAGGGCAUCGAUUUCACGAUCUCCAUAACGCGUGUCGAGCGAGUCAUACGGGAAGCUGAAUGUGACAAAUCCUCCGUCCAUGAGAUUACCAUGGUAGGUGGCUCCACGCGUAUUCACAAGCUUCAGGAUCUCAUCUCCGACUUCUUUCCCAAAGCUACGAAAAGCGCAGCCAUCCCUGAUGAGGCAGUCGGCAGUAUCAUGACCCCCUUCAUCAAGCGCAACAACACUAUUAUCUCCACUACGAAGUUCAUGGUUUUCUCGUCCGAAUACGACAACCAGCGCGAACUUUCGAUCCGCGUCUUUGAGGGAGACCGGGCCCACACAGACGGCAACACCUUGUUUGGCAAAUUUCAACUCAGCGGUAUAACCGCAGUUCCACGGGCUGUACCCCAGAUCGGAGUCACUUUCGGGAUGGAUGCCAACGGUAUCAUGGAAGUUGACAAUAGCCGUCUUUCUAAGCUCGAGAUCGAGCGUAUGCUAAGGGAGGCCGGGAAGUACAAAAAGGACGAUGAGAUUGAAAAUGACCGUAUCUAA